UGGUUCUCCGUUGACGAAACAGAGCCAGUUUGAGAAACCCUAAAACUUUCUCUCUUCUCUACUCCUCUGCUUUACAAUUCAGAUUCCUCCGUUCAAGAGUUCUUCGCAUCCAAAAAGUUUAUUUGAAGGUAUGGCAUCGUCAAGAAAUCAUGAGGUCUUCUUGAGCUUCAGAGGGGAAGAUACUCGCAACAACUUUCUGAGCCAUCUGAAAGCUUAUUUGGCCGAAAAUGGAGUCGCGACGUUCACCGACGACGAACAAAUCAGGAGUGGAGAAUACAUAUCGCCGCAAUUGAUUCAAGCCAUCGAGGAUUCCAGAUGUUCGAUCGUCAUAAUCUCACCCAACUAUGCUUCUUCGACUUGGUGCUUGGCUGAGCUCGUCAAGAUUCUUGACUGCAAGGAACGAAAUGGUCAAAUUGUGAUCCCAAUAUUUUAUCAUGUCGAUCGAUUUGAUGUAGAAAAUCAGUGUGGAGGUUUUGGUGAGGCGCUGGCUAAGCACGAUGGAGAUUCUCAAAUUCAAAGCUGGAGAAAUGCUUUAACUCAACUCGCUCAUAUACCUGGAUUUGACUUUCAAGAUGGAGAUGAAGCAGAGUUGAUAGGGAAGAUUGCGGCCGCAGUUUCAAGUAAAUUGAUGAGUAAUUCUACUACUGCAUCGUUCAACUUCAACAACAUCUACCGGGAUAUUUUCGGAAUAAACUCCACUAGACUCAACUCUUACUAUGUGUCCGCUCUACGUGGCCCUACACACUUUUUUUGUUGUUGUUUUUUUUUCAAGACCUUUUGCCUCCACUUGUAUUCUCUAAUAUAAUAUUAUUAAUAAUAAUAUAAAUAAAAUACUGAUGUGGACGUGGAUGUGGAUGUGGAUUGUGGAUGUAUUAUAAAUUAAAGGCUCCACUUUUCAUGAAUUCUUUA